AUUGGGCGAGCUGGGAUAGGCUGGGAGUGUGGUAGGAGCAGUCAGCGGGACGGGAUAAGGCUCAAGUAAAGGGGCGAAGAGAGAAAGCGAUCGAGCGUUGACUUCUGGCCUUCGAACGGCCGAAUGUUGGAGUGGAAUUUUCACGGCGUUUCAAGAAAGACAUUUGUUGCUCCAAAGGUCGCGGAUCUUAGCGGCGCAGCUGACGAAGAAGAAGCGCCGCCGCACAAACUUUCUUUACUGGUUUCGGUCGCUCUUUAGAAAAAACAAACAAACAAACAAAAAAAAAACACUCACGGGAUAAUCCAUAUUUUUACCGAAUUAAUCGGAAUUCAUUUUUCCCAUCUGUGUAACGGAAACCGAAAGAGGCGGACACCAUGCCACGGCGCACCGUACAAGAAGUAACCGUGCAGGAUGUCCAGAAACGAAGGAGUCCCAGCAAACACUAUGUUUACAUCAUCAAAGUGUCUUGGAGUGAUGGCAGCACAGAAAUCAUUUUCAGACGCUACAGCAAGUUCUUCGACCUGCAGAUGGAAUUGCUGGACAAAUUCCCAGUGGAGGGAGGCCAGAAGGACCCAAAGCGCAGGAUCAUUCCUUUCCUUCCAGGAAAGAUCCUGUUUAGAAGGAGCCAUAUUCGAGAUGUGGCCAUGAAAAGGCUUCGGCCUAUCAACGAGUACUGCAGGGCUCUCAUUCAACUCCCAGUCUACAUCUCUCAGUGUGAGGAGGUCAGAGUAUUUUUUGAGACCAGACCCGAGGACCUCAACCCUCCCAAAGAGGAACCUGUUGGAAAGAAGAAAACCGGGUUGGUGGAGAGAGCGUCUACUUUCCUAAAGCGAGGAGAUUCCACCGCAGCGGACCCUUUGCUGCUUGACCAGUAUGUGGCAGUAACUGACUAUGAAAAACAAGAGAGCUCUGAGAUCAGCCUGCACGUGGGUCAGGUGGUGGAGGUCAUCGAGAAGAACGAGUCUGGCUGGUGGUUCGUCAGCUCAGAGGACGCCCAGGGCUGGGUCCCUGCCACCUGCCUCGAGGCCCAGGAUGACCCUGAUGACUUCAGUAUCCCUGGGGAAGAAGUGCCUCGGAGAUUCUGGUCACUGCCGCGGCACGUGGGUCGUCGCAGAACUUUAGGGGAUCUGUUCAGCACAGGCUUUGGGCAAGAAGAGAAGUACUCAGUGAUUUACCCGUACUCUGCCAGAGACGAGGAUGAGAUUGACCUGGAGCGGGGCAUGAUCGUGGAGGUGAUCCAGAAGAAUUUGGAGGGAUGGUGGAAGAUCAGGUACCAGGGUCGUGAGGGCUGGGCCCCGGCCUCUUACUUAAAGAAGGCAGACAUUCAGAGCCAGAAGCAGUCAGCAGGAGCCGCUGCCUUCGCCAGUACAAACGACCUGGACGGGUUUUCCAAACAUCAGCAAAACAAUGCAGCGAGGGAGAACCGAGAAAACAGUCAGAAGGAGAACAGACUCUCCUUUUUCUCUGACAACAAAAAAGUGGGAUCGAGACACAGACCUCCGCCCCGCAGAGAUCUGACCAUUCCCCGCGGGACAAACCUACCCAAGCCUCCUGUUCCUCCCCAGGUGGAGGAGGAGUUUUACACCAUAGCAGAUUUCCAGACCACGAUACCUGAUGGUAUUAGCUUCCAGGCUGGCCUUAAAGUUGAGGUGAUUGAGAAGAACGGUAGUGGCUGGUGGUACAUCCAGAUAGAUGACAAGGAAGGCUGGGCACCGGCCACAUUCAUUGACAAGUACAAGAAGACCAGCAACGCCCUGAGACCUAAUUUUCUCGCCCCGCUGCCCAAUGAGAUGGAGAAGCUGAGACUGGAGGACGCUGGUUUCUCUGGCACAGAUAACAGCUGGUCUAAGCCUUUACCAGAUGAGCCGCCCACGGCCCCGGAGUCAUGUACUCGCCCUAAGCUGAGAGACUGGAAGUCUGGAGUCAACAAGGCGGGGCCUGCAUUCCCCGGGCCUCUGCCUCCAGCCCCAGCUGCUCCACCAGCUGAAGAGAAGCCAGCGUUACCACCCAGGAGGGAAUCUAUUAACAAGAGCUUUGAACUAGAGGUAGCUGAGAAGACCAGACCUGAUCACACCAAGCCCCUGCCUCCCAAGCCUCCGGCACCUGGUGUCAUCAUGCCGCUGGUUACACCCAAACCGGUUCCAUUUAAGUCUGAAAAACCCCCGGAGACGAAGAAGGACGACAAGAACAAACCUCUUCACCUACGUAAUGAGAUGGGUCUUGAAUGUGGACACAAGAUCUCUGCCAAAGAGGUGAAGAAGUUCAAUCUGAAACCUGUGCCUAAACAUCCACCCAAACCUAAACCAGAGGUGCAGGAGGAAAAACCAGAGCCCCCUGGUCCCUCCGUGCUCACCAAGCCCAAACCAGUUCUAAGACCUAAACCCGUCCCCGCUGCUAAGCCUGAUCCGCCAGCAGAGGACAAACUAGACAUCACCAACCUGAGAAGCAAACUGAGGCCUUCGAAACCUGCAGAUCUCAGCUCUGCCUCCGCUGAGGUGAACCAUCAGAAUGGAACCUCAGCAGCCAUGAAUAAUUCCCACCCGAGUUCUACACCCGGUGCCCCUUCUGCUCCAUUCCAGGGUCUUAACAACGAGCCAAAGUUCCCUCCCAAGAAUGUAAACGGCCACAACAGUCAGGAUAACUCUUCUCCUCCUGGAAAACGGGAAGUUCCACCCCACAAGGAACCCCCACAGAGACCUCCUACCAUGGUUCCGAGAAGACCGCCUCCUCCCAAGAAGACUGACCCGUCGACUCCAACUGAGCUCAAAGGACCCCCCCAGCUCAACAGACCCCCUCCUCCGAAACCCAAGGGCUUUACUCCGCCUCCUGUGAACAAAGAGAAAGAAGAACCCAAGGCCAAUAAAGUACCGAUCCCUCCAAAGCCCCAGGUAAAGAGCGAGAAACCUGGUCCACCCAAGGACAAGCUCCCACCUCUGGUGAAGGAGCCCAGUAAAGACGAGCUGUACCUGGCCGUGGCCGACUUCGAAGGCGACGAACAAACGUCCAGCUUCAAACUGGGCACCGUGUUCGAGGUGCUGGAGAAGAGCAGCAGCGGCUGGUGGUUCUGUAAGAAUGUAGGUGAGGAAGUGGAGGGCUGGAUCCCCUCCAACUUCCUGAGCAAGAAACCUUAGUGUGAACGCGCGUUCACAACAAUCACCAUAUAAAUAAUAGUAAAUAACUCUGUAGCUUGUUAGCAGUUUUUUUUUUAUUUAUAGGUACUUUUUUUUUCAAUUGACACAUUUGUUAUGUUUACUUUUUGUGAGGAUGUUCUACCUAAACUGAACCAGCAAUAACGCAGGCUCUCGGCGGCCUGUGGCGUUUACUUGUCCUUGUUUUUUUUAUUCUUUAUGUCAAUUUGGGUUGAAGUGCCACGUGCUGGUCGUCACCUGUGCCAGUCCUGCCACUACAAAGGCCGUGUCUUUGCCUUCUGUGUUUUUGUGCCUCUAUAUAACAAUACGCCAAGUGCUUUAGUGCUUCACAAACUGUUUAUCACCGUAGAUAUUCUUCAGGGUCUGAUCACAGAUCAUCGAACGUUACAGACCUUGUUAUCAGAAUUAUGCACGCUGCCUUCCAAUUAAUGAACAACUUCAACUAUUAAUUAAACACAGUGUUCUCAAAAGUUCUUGUUAAAGAAAUGGGAUGCAGCCCAGUGGUAAAUUCACCUGUUUCUUUGGAGUGUUCAGGUAUCAAAUGUUCAACUGGACAAACCCAGCAAAAAAAACAACAACAUUUGGGCCACGUUCACCUUCAAAAAGAAACCAACACAUACUGUAGCACACGCCAAAUAAAAGUGUUGUCUGUUAUACCAGUUUGUGACGAUCUUUCAUGCUUUUUCCUGUCGAUGUUGCAGUGACCUGUUACAAACGGGCACUUUCUCAGUUAAUGUCAGAUGUUAAAUGGUUUGCACUUGCUUUAGUGAGGAGAUGAAUGCCACAGUGCAUUUGAGUUCUUAAAAUCUCACUGACUAAAGUGUUAUUCUUUUUUUUAAAUGCUAUUGUAAUAGAAAUUACCAAUAUAAAGGUAGGCGUUAGUCGUUUUUGUCAAAAUGUUUUGUCGUUUCACAUUCCCCAAUCUGAAGAGUAUCUGUACCUGGAGGGUCUGCAGUGAUUUGUGCAAUGAUUUACAGUAUUGUUAAGUGUACAGUUUGGACAUUUUGGUGCUUAAAUAACAGCAAAGUAUGAUCAUAAAAAAAAAAUCAAAGUUUUACAUUAGUGCUUGACUGGUUUCAAGCACAGUCAAAAUUAUUUUUUAUUGUACAGUAAUAACGAUCAUUUUUGAACUGUCAGAGCUUUUUUUUAUGCUCCACCUGUGAGGCUUUAAACUCAAGACCAAGAGGAGACACUUUAGAAAAAGUCAGUCCACCACAGACAAACAAAGCAAAGGCACUGGUUGAUGUUUGUCACAGAUCAGACUGGGUCAUGUGACAUUUGUCAUUGUUUUGGACGCAACCAGACAAGGCUACAAGCUGCAACUGCUGUUCUGCUUGUAUUCGCUUUAAACUUACCCGACGACCUAUUAGCAUUUUCUUUUAACGCAAUCACAUUGUUAUUAAAUAAAACACCAGGAAUCCAAACCAAUCAGUACAAAAGGAGUCCGUGAACCAAGGGUUCGAUUCUUGUAACUGUGUUUACAUCAUAUGUUGUUGAGUCUCCUUGUAAACGAGUCAAUAAAAGUUUCUGAUUUUUCACAUCGGCUGUCACGGUGUCUGAAUGGAGUUUGAAAAAAAAAAUGCAGAUUUUAACUCAAGCAUAACGACACUCACGGUAUAUCCACGUCCAUCCACUUGACAUUGCUCUACACAGUCAAUACACCUGUCGUUAUUUGAACACUGAGGGGAAAAAUAGUUUGCAUCUGGGCGUUUAGUUUUUAGGAUCACGUCCAUGUUUGACCACACUCUUCCCUGACAUUCACUCUGUAAUCGUCAACUGCCAGAGAAACAUUCAGUCCUUUAGAAAAUCUGCAUUUAUUUAUGAAGUUAUUUACAACAGUGGUUCCUUCUGAUACAGUUCCACUCACACCGGUCACCGCCUGCUUUUUAAACACCUUCUAUAAACUGAGGCAGAAAGGAAAACAUUGAUGACAAAACAGAAAACAUUAAC